AUGAAGACCUUUGCAAUCCUCACCUCCCUCGCAGCCACUGCGCUCGCCCAGAACGUCUUUGUCAACCUCCCAAAAGGCCCCACGCUCGCAGCCGGCAGCGAAGCCAUAAUCCAAGUCACCCGUCCUAACUCCCUCACCGGCUCCCGCGAAAUCGCCGUCGCAAUCGGCGUCUAUCCAUGCAACAACGGCCGCUGCCUCCCGGCCGAAUCGACCCUCGGCACAGUGCUCUACAACGGUCCGUUCAAGCCCGAAUACCACGAGUUGAGUGGCCUGCCGUAUCAGAACUUUACGGUGACUGUUCCCGCGGACCUUGCCAAGGGGUCUGCUGUCGUUGGUGUUGCGCAUGCGGCUCUCGUUGGGGCUGCAAACUGGCCUUUCUUCGAGGUUGUCAACACGACUGCGACAGUUGUUUAG